ACCAUUCUACCAGACCUUAACCUGAGACUUGACAAACCACUUCUCACUUUCCAACAAGGAACAGGAAAAUCAUGGAUUCUGCAAUCUCAAAAUCUACUCAAAGCCUUACAACUGCUGAGGACAUGAGGAACCAAACCAAACUUAUAAUGCAGCCUUAUGCCAACUGGGAAGAGUAUCUGACUCCAGCACCUCUAUCCAUAGCCAUCCUGGGAGAGCUGGUUUUCAUCUCUUCCUCAACAGAUUUCUCUAUCAAUAAAAAACCUCCUGAAGGUGGUUUUAAAUUCAUCAGAUAUCCUGAUUCCUUUCGCGCUUGCCUCAUGCAAGUGUGUAACUCUGGUUGGUGGGCAUUUAAUGAGGCCCAUACAAGCAUGGAUCAGAUUCGCCUCAAUACUGCCCAAGUUCCAAAUUACAUGAAGACAGCUGUGAAGAUUCUGUUCCAAGGCAAUGAUGAAGUUGUUCAAGCACAUCUUCCUAAUCAGCUAGACAAUAUCAGAGUAAUUGCAGAUGACUGUCUUAAAUUGUCUGAUGUCGCUAAAAUGCGUUUCACUGAUGUCAUUAAUAUCAUCCAAGAGCUGCUAGAAGCAUGUACAAAUUCCAAGCACCUUUAUGGGAAAGAGAUGGAAGAAGUCAAGAAGAAAUUAGAAGAGAGCAAACUGAGGGAGCAGUCAGCUCAAGAGAUGAAGAAUAGGUCUGAGAAGGCAGUGAGAGCCAUAAAGAAGGAACUGGAUCAGGCUAAUGAGAACUACAGGAAUGCUCUGGAUUCUCUCCCUAAUGGAUGGGAAAUGAUUGGAAUGGAUCUUGUAAAUGGAAUAACACAGAGCGUUACAGACCUGAUGAAUGGAGUGACAUCUAUUGUUACUCAGCCAAUUAAUUUGAUACCUUCUGCAAAAACACAGAUAUCUGAUGCUAUGGGACGCAUUAAAGAUCAAGGAAAGUCUAGUGAUUUGGUAGCUGAAAUAAACGUGUAUAGUAAGUCAGCUGAAAUUUUAAAUUGUGCUCAGACUAUCCAGCAAAUAUUGAAUGUCAAUAGUAAGGAUGAUGACAUUGACUGGACAAAAUUGUAUGAUCAAAAGCACGAAACUACAAACACGGAUUUCAUAGCAAAACAGUUUGAAAGAAUCGAUGACACUUUAAAGAAUAUCUCUGACUGCUCAGCAAAGACACAAGCUGAGAAGUUAUGCAAAGAUGGCACAGAAAUAUGCAAACAGCUUGCAAAAUAUGCACCUGAUGGCAAGUGUGACAAAGUCAAAAGUACUGAGAUAAUAAAAGAGGUCUUGGAUCUGAUCAAGUCAGCUCAAAUUUUUGAUUGCAAAAGUAAAGACAUCACAAAUUCUCCAGCUAUUUCUCCUAAGCCACCAAUGAUGUAUAAAGAAGAAAACAAGUCUCAGAAUAUGAGUGUCUCUCAGAAGGCCACAGAGAAUGCACGAUUCAAGAUAGAACAGACCCGAGCUCAGCUGGACAAGACAAGCGAGACCUAUGAAAAGUGUCUGGAGAACCUAGAGAGGAACCAGAAGGAACUAACAGACAUCCUGGCUACUUUGAGAAAUUGUGAACUGAAAGAGAUUGACUUUAAAACUACCAUAAAUAUGCUGAUCAAAGGAAUGGAUGCCAUGGGGAGAGUAAAGGAGCAGUGGGAGAAGAUGGUUCAAUUCUUUCAGAUAGUUUCCAGCAUUGUGAAAACUAACCUGAGCACAAAUCUCAUAAACUUUGUCUCCACAUCAGCGGAAACACGAGCCCUCUCCUACAAUGCAAAACUUUUCUCAAAAGAUCUGCUCUACACCCAAGCUUUCCAAGCCUGUAACAUCGCUAGUCUGGUCCACAUGAUCUCUGGAACAUACACAGAUGUUUCCAGCAAGUACCUGAUGGACCGUGUCAGUUCACUGGGCAAACUGAUGGCCAUGGAUACAAGUAAACCAGAAUUUGAGCAUGAGCGAAAACUGCUCCAGAAAGGCUGUGAUGAGGCACGGAAAGGGAUUAAAAGCCUUGUACAGAAGAAUAAAGAGGAGUUUGACCAUAAGAGCACUGCAAGACUAAAAAGAAUUGAUCAAGAAUUGCUUGCCAUUCUACCUGCCGCUCCUCCAGAACAAACCAAGAGUAUUCAAGAGGUUGUUCAAGCUGUAUUCAAUGAGGAAGAAGCAAAAGACUACAUCUGAGUAAAAUAGGAAACAAGACAAAAGGCUUUUCUUUCAAACGGAACAACCAUUCCUGUCAUCGCUCAACAUCAGCAUUUUUAUUUUUAUUUUUUCAAAUUAAGUGUGAUAUAUUGUAGAACAAAUUCUUGAGUUUUUGCUGUUUAGUGGAAAUUUUACUUAUGGAUUGUUUGCUUAUGGAUUUCUGUUUGGGUUUUAGUUAUACCUCUGUUUACUUUUCCAUUAGGAUUGUAUUUCUGUUUAGGCAUGUACUCUGUGAACAUUUUACUGGAGAGCACAAUUAUUACUUUAGUUCUGAUUUAAGUUUAAUUGUUCUUAUAUUGUCUUUUUCUUCUUGAUUUUAAUUAUAUGUCAUGAAUUCUGCUUCCCAGUUUGAGCUUCUUUCUAAUAACUCGCCUUGAUUUAAUAUAAAUAAAUCGGUAACGCCUAACAUGCUAACAUGAACUAAUUAUUUAAAAUAAUUUGUAACACUUUAUUUUGAUGGUCUCUUUAUAACAUUGCACCUACAAGUCUACUAACUAACCUUAGAGCAUAAGUAGACUUUAUACUUAAUAUCUGCAUAACUCUUUAUUGUGAUGGUCUCCCAACAGACAAGCUAUAAGGAAUUCUGUACAUAUAAGUACAUAUCAUUUUAUUAACCCUAACCCUACCAGUCUACUACUAGUCUACUAACACUCUAAUGAGAGUUAGACAAUCUAGGUGCAUGAUUACCUAUAAUCAACAUAAUGUGUCAAAAGGACCAUCAAAAUAAAGUGAAAACAACUUUUACUAAUACAUUAUAAAAUUAAUGUUGUAAUAUUAUUAAAAUUACAAAAUAAGAAAAGUAUUUCAAUUGAUUGUAUUCAUUAUUGCUAACAAUCGCAGGCAUAUAGUGAUGAAAAUACAUUACUAUAAAUCAAGAACUUAGGCAUGGACAGAAAGAUUAGCUGAACAGUAUGUUAAAAUGAUUCAGCCACAUUAAAUACCUAAUAAUAAUAAUAAUAAUAAUUCUGUGUCCUUCUUUAGUAACCUACAGAAACAUAUUUUUUAUAGAUAUGUUUUUGUAAUUCAAAUAUAUUUCUUAAGCACCUUUCACAAUAAAUAUUGUUCCAAAAAAAUGAAUUUAAAUAUUUUUUUUUACCAAUAGCCUUCAUUGUAACUGGCAUGAUAACACAACCUCAGGAGAGAUUUAUUACCACUAUGAUGCGUGACUGUCUUUAAGAUGUUAUACUUGAGAUUUUAAGAUAUUUAAGAUAUUAUAUUCAUGGUGGUUUAAUUAUAUUACUAAAUUCUGAAGCUCCUCACUGUGAAUGUUGACCAGUUCCAUAUGGUGCUUUCGGCAGUAAAUCACAGCUUCAGUCCAUGUAAUGUUCACAUGGUCCAAAAUCAGGUUAUCUUUGGACCAAUUAUACUGAUUAUACAGUAAGUAACUUCACAAGUACAUGUGAGACACACAACAAUUUGUUAUAUUUAACAAAUAAUAUCUAAUCCCCUAUGGACCUUUGCCCCAAAAUGCAACUAACACCUCAAAAAGGCAGAACAGGCCUCUAGUCCCAUAGCAACCAAAGGCACACUAUCUGAUAAUGCUAGUUUUAUGGCUCCCAGGAAUGCAGCAAAGCAACACUUAACUCAAGUCUCUCAAAAACAGACACAUAAUGCCCAUAAAAAGGGACUCUUCACUAAUAAGUUCAUAAGAAAACCUCUCUUUGAAUGAACAAACAAAUAAUUUAGGUCACUGUGUAUAUUAUUGCUGUUCUACUAGAUUGUCUGUUGAAUUUCACUGUUUUAUGGAUGAUUGUGAUAGAACCACUUGUUCAUGUAAUUUUACCCAUAAGUAAUUUUACCAUGUUUAUUAUCUAUGAAUUCAACUUCUGAUUAUCUAAACGAGACUGUGUAUUAUAUGUUGGUACAUAAGCAAUAUAUUAGUAUGCAAAGAAUCUUGAAGAUUCUUCUUUUGAACCCCAACUUAAGUUCCAUUUUACAAACUGCCGUGAUUUCACACAAAGAGUUGUAAAACUCUUCAUAAGUUCCAACCUUCCACUUGGAAUUUCACCCUUUCUCAUUGGACAAGCCCAUCCUGAGAGGCGUGAACCUUCUCAAACCUUAAAGGCCUCACAUCCGUGACACUGAUAACUCUUACUAUGUGUUU